CAACAAGCAAAGAUUACAAAGUCCAAUUGGCAUCCAACGUUUUAAAGUCGAAGCUCUCAAAAGUCAACAACAGAAUCCAAUCAGAGCACACAGAAGCCGACGACAUGUCGUGGUUGGCCUUUGGAGCUUUCGCUUCCGGCUUCGUUCUACAGCGCCUGCUGGGCGGCGAUGUGCCACCAAAUAAAGUUGUCGAGAUCAAGAGCGAAUCCCUGGGCACACUUCAGGUGCUCGCUCGCGAUGAUUCCAUGGUCCUGUUUGCUCCACCCUUCAACAGUAAUGACAAGCGUGCCGUCUAUGAGAUCAUACUGCAACGUCCCACCUCCGAUUCAAAUACCACAUCCUUCAGUCUGUUUCGUUCGCCAGUUCAAUCGGAUGCCGAAGAGAAAUUCAAUACGUUCAUGCAGCGGCUGCCCGUCUUUGUGGGCAUCGUCAAGGAGUAUUAUAAUGUGAAUGGCUUGCAAAAGGUUUGUGAUGCACUCUCGGAGAAUCCCUCCUGGACGCUGGCCCAUCUUGUUGCCUACUUCAAUCUGCUGGAAUACAUCAGCAAUCCGAAAGUGGUGCAGUGCAUUGAUGUGGCGGAUCACACGACACUCAUGUCGCCAUUUCAAUUGGCCAUCAAGCAGGGACACAUUGAGAUGGUCAAAGUGCUGCUGCCGUUCAGCAAAAUGGAACACUUGGAUAUCAACAGCAACUCGGUGUUUCACUAUGCAGCCAGCACAACCAAAGAGAUCAUUAAUCUGCUCACCGACAAUAAUAUCGUUAACCUGAACCACCUCAAUUCGGAUGGCUACACGCCGCUGCACCUGGCAUGCGUCACCGACAAGCCGGAUAAUGUGAAGGCGCUGCUGCUAGCCGGCGCCGAUGUCAAUCUGAAUGCCAAGAACAUUAGUAAACUGUAUAAAACAUCGACGCCCACAUCGGUGGCCUCCUUCUUGCGCACCAAUGCCAGCAAACUCUACACGCAGGAUAUGAAGUACGGUGGCACACCGUUGCAUUGGUGCUCCUCCCGGGAAACGUUGCAUGCGCUAAUCAUGGAAGGUUGCGAUGUCAAUGCCACCAACUUUGAUGGACGCACUGCAUUGCAUGUGAUGGUGGCACGCAAUCGUUUCGAGUGCGUCGUCACGUUGCUCGCCCACGAUGCGGAUAUUGAUGUGCUGGACACGGAAGGCAAUGCUGCGUUGCAUAUUGCCAUUGAGAAGAAACUGGUGCCAAUUGUGCAGUGUCUUGUGGUCUUUGGCUGUGACAUUAAUCUGAAGAACAAAGAUGGCAAAACACCUCGUCACAUGGUAGGCAACGAUGCCAGUGGCAAUAAAGAGGAUGAAAUAUUGUACAUAUUGCAUUCGGUGGGUGCCAAACGCUGCUCGAACAGCAGCUCCAAAUGUCCGCCUGGCUGCAAUGCGAAGGGCACCUACAAUGGCAUACCGCCGGAGGCGCCCGAAUCUGUGGAACAGCGUGAGCACAUUGAAAACAUGUUGGCGACAACCAGUCGUCAAGUGGUCAGCGGUUUCCUCGGCGCAGCAGCGAAUGGUUUACUGGACAAGCAACAGCCACCACCACAAAUGCCCGUUGUCGUGGACACGGAGAAGGAGCAAAAGGGUCAGAGCAUCAUGGACGCUUUGCUGGGCAUGUUUACCACCAAAGUGAAUGCAGAGGAAAUCAAGAAGGACAACUCAUCGGGCAGUUUAGCCAGUGCCACAGCGACGCCACCCUCUGGCGCUGCCAGCCCCGAACAAUUGCCCUCGCCCACAUCACCAAUAGCCGCCGAGGUGGGCGACAAGCCCUAUGGUCGUGGUCGUCUGCUGUGCUUGGAUGGCGGCGGCAUACGUGGCCUGGUCUUGGUGCAAAUGCUGCUCGAGGUGGAGAAACUCUCGCGCACGCCCAUCAUCCAUAUGUUUGACUGGAUUGCCGGCACCAGCACUGGAGGCAUCUUGGCCUUGGGACUUGGUUGCGGCAAGACGAUGCGGCAGUGCAUGGGAUUGUAUUUGCGCAUGAAGGAGCAAUGCUUUGUGGGCUCGCGUCCCUACAAUAGCGAAUACUUUGAGGCGAUACUUAAAGAUAAUCUCGGCGAGUUCAAUGUGAUGACGGACAUUAAACAUCCCAAGAUCAUGGUCACUGGCGUCAUGGCCGAUCGCAAACCCGUCGAUCUCCAUCUGUUUCGCAAUUACACGAGUGCCAGCGACAUUCUGGGCAUUGUGACUUCCAUAAGCAACCGUCGCAUACCGCCACCACAACCAGAGGAGCAGCUGGUGUGGCGAGCUGCACGUGCCACGGGAGCAGCUCCCUCGUAUUUCCGUGCAUUUGGUCGGUUCCUGGAUGGCGGUUUGAUUGCCAACAAUCCCACGCUGGAUGCCAUGACUGAAAUACAUGAAUAUAAUAUGGCCCUGCGUAGUGCAGGUCGCGAAUCGGAAGCUGUGCCCGUUUCCGUGGUGGUUUCAUUGGGCACCGGUCAUAUACCGGUGACCGAACUCAAGGACAUCGAUGUGUUCCGGCCAGAGAGUAUCUGGGAUACCGCCAAGUUGGCCUACGGCAUUUCAACUAUUGGCAAUCUACUUGUGGAUCAAGCCACCUGCUCCGAUGGUCGUGUCGUGGAUCGUGCACGCGCCUGGUGCAGCACCAUUGGCAUCCCGUACUAUCGUUUCAAUCCUCAGCUGAGCGAGGACAUUGCCAUGGACGAGAAGGACGAUCAGAAGCUGAUCAAUAUGCUGUGGCACACCAAGGCGUAUAUGCACAAUAAUCGCAACAAAAUCAUCGAGAUGAUUAAUUUCCUGAAAUAGCGCGCAAGACGGAUUUAGACCGCAUACACUUUAAUAAUUGCUGCAUCUUCUCCCUCUCUUUUUAUAUUAUCGUGUCUGUAUUUUUAUUUCUGUACACACUUUUAACACCCUUUCCGCGGUCUAAAUCAGGACACACACACACUACACAAAACACACUCCCACCACAAUAACAAAGCAAACCAAACACUUUUCCAGUCCAAAAUAAAUUCAAAUUUUAUUAAAUAAGUUUCGAUGUUGUAACGAGGCUAACGCUAGAAUUAUGUAUUUUGUUAACGGAUUGUUAAUAUACAAAUUUUAAAUUUUCUGUUAAAAUCAUCUGAAUGUAUUAUUAAUUUUGUGUAUUUAUUAUUGUACUUAUGUUAUAUGAAUUUUGUUUUUGCCAAUUGGAUUAUUGCUAGUUUCUAUGUUUGUAAACAUUCCGUGCCGCUUUCUUAGAGCCAAUCAAUUGAUAUUAGCACGAAUUAUGAAUAAAACAUUGAUUAACUUAAAUGUAAAACUACUUGUUUUAAUUGUAAAUUUAGUUUAUAGUAUGAAAUACAAGUUAUCGUAGUCAGUGUCUAAAAAAUACAACUUAAUGAAUUAUCAAAGUACAUAUGAAUAAUUUACUAAGAA